CCUUUUUUUUCUCUUUAGCUGCGUACAACAAGAACAUACAGUUAUGAUUCGAUUACUAUCGUCUGUGUUCAUUCUGGGUUUAGUAUGUUUGGUAAACAGUCAAGUAACCCUUGAAUCUUGUCGCAUGGAAUGCGGUCACGUCCUUGGAGUUCAAACUACUAACCGCCCUGCUGUGCAAAGCGAAGUUCGUCAACUUCGUGUAAAACUAAACAACAUGAAACAAUUGCUGAUGCCACGCUCGUGCCAGGAUGUCUUAACAAGGAAACCGAACUGGUCGAAAGGCGGAGUUUACACCAUAUACCCUAAUCCUGGUUCACAAGUUGGCGUUCAAGUUUAUUGCGAUUUAGUAACUGAUGGUGGUGGUUGGGUGGUAUUUCAAAGACGCAAAGACGGAUCAGAAAACUUUUUUAGGGGUUGGAACGAUUAUGUUUCCGGUUUCGGGAACUUGGAAGGCGAAUUUUGGCUUGGCUUGGAUGUAAUCCACAAUUUAACUGCCAAUAAUGAAUACGAGAUGAGAGUCGAUUUGGAAGACUUUGACGGAAAUAAAACUUAUGCAGUCUACAGCAACUUCGUUGUGUCGGGGGCGCCUCUGUAUGCACUUGCUGUAUCCGGUUACAGUGGUAAUGCAGGUUCGGCCAUGCACCCAGGAAAUUUUUCGACUAAGGACCGUGACCAGGACAGCUAUGCUCCAGGAAGUUGCGCAGAGAGCUACAAGGGCGGAUGGUGGUACACCGCAUGCCAUACCGCUAACUUAAACGGCCUCUACCUGAGCGGACAACAUGAUUCGUUUGCGAAUGGUGUGAACUGGCGACCCUUUCGAGGCUACCAUUACUCUUUGAAGAUUUCGGAGAUGAAGUUACGAAGAAAGUGACAAUCUGUGUACUUCAUGUAGCACGUCAUCUUGUACAUUGCUCCAACCAUUUUUGCAUUACAUAAAAAAUCAAACUCCAUUGAAAUAACAAUCACUCACAAAGUUUCCUAUUUGGUAACUCGUAUGCGGGCUCGAGGUGUUUGAAGCAAAACACCCUUGUUAUUAUUAUAAUAAUAAUUGUCUUCGCCCGCCACCUGAGGAAAAUACGUGUCAUUUAUACUGUAUACCAUUAAAUAUAUAUCCAUGAACUCAAGCUCUUAUAGUUUAAAUAAACCAACCAUAUCAGAUCA